AUGGAGGGUAAUACUAUUCCUUUUCCUUUGGCUUUGAUUGAUCCAAAACUUAGGCCUACACUUAAGAAAAGAGGUCCCCAUGAGGAAGAAAUGUGGGAAAUUUUUAAACAAGUGAAAAUCAAUAUACCUCUUAUUGACAUUAUUAAACAAGUUCCGGCCUAUGCUAAAUAUCUUAAGGAGUUGUGUACCCAAAAACGGCAUCAUAAACUUCCAAAGAAGAUUGUUUUGAAUGAGGAAGUUAGUGCCGUUGUGAGGGGUAUACUCCCACCUAAACUCCAAGAUCCUGGAGCGCCUUUAAUUACAAUUCAAGUUGGUGAUUUUAAAAUGAACAAGGAACUUUUGGAUAUGGGAGCGGGUGUGAGUAUCCUACCGGGUAUGUUGUAUGACCAAUAUGACUUUGGACCAUUGGAAAAAGUCGACACCACCUUGGUGAUGGCUGAUUUGUCCCUUAAACUUCCAAGAGGAAUUGUCCAAGAUGUCAUAGUGAAGGUGGAGGACUUUUAUUACCCCGUAGACUUUUUGGUUCUUGAUUUUGCACCAAGCGGUAUGGUAAGGCAGCCUAAUGUCAUCAUGGGAAGGCCCUUUUUGGCCACCGCUAAUGCAUUAAUUGAUUGUAGAAGUGUUAGUGACGAAUGCUUUAUGGCGGAUGUCAUUGAUGAGUGCAUUUCUCACGAAAGUGAGGAAGACACACGGGAGUCUUGUGCUUUGGUUGACAGGUUGAUUGUGGAGCAUAGUGAAACAUUGAAGAAGGAAGAGAAGGAUUGGGAGAUCAUGGCAAUUCAAGAAGGUAGACCACCAUGGACUCAUUUGGUGAAAAGUCUACCGGAUCACAUUGAUACUCAUCUCAAACCUUCCAUUGAAAGUCCACCACAAGUUGAGUUGAAAGAACUCCCAUCUCAUUUGAAGUAUGCAUUUUUGGGAGAAGAACAAACUUUGCCGGUGAUUAUUGCAUCAAAUUUGGAAGAAGAGCAAGAAAAGGCAUUGCUAAAAGUGCUCAAGGAGUAUAAGGCGGCCAUUGGGUGGACAAUUGCCGACUUGAAAGGCAUUAGUCAUCAAUUGUGA